ACUUUCCCUCCCCUUCCUCAUUCGUCAACCCCUCCCCCUUUUAAAAUUAAUUCGUUUAUAUGUUUCUUUUUUAAGGGGCCCCAGCUCCCUUUCGAGAGGCGCAGCAGGCGCGGCGAGCGCCGCUCACCCCGCGUCACGCACGCACCUUCUGCACCCCAACAGCCCUGGGCCCUGCUGCAUCCCCGCAGUCCCUUCCCCCUUGGAGAAGACUUUCCUCAGAGGCCCCUGGCUCACUGCAUCCCCUUUUCUUUCCUACCCCGCCCCCCAGGCCCCAACUGCCCCCUCGCAGCUCCCCAGCUCGCGCCGCGGGCCCUACCCGACCACCGCACUUUCUGCAUCUCGGCCUUGCAUUUGCCCUCUGCUUUUCCAGGCCCUGGUGCUAAAAAUCCACUUUCCUCCCAAAGAUCCCCACUUUAGAUGACCCAGAUUUGUUUCUAUUUAGGAUCUUCCAGCAAAACCAAGAAGCCCGCCUAGACGCCUUGAUUACGCCCCUCCCCCUCCUCUUAGGAACUUCUAGCAAAAAAAAAUUUUUUUCCUCCAUUGAGGAUCACUUUCCAGCAAAAAUUCUUUCUUUCCACCACGAGUCCCCCUGUUUAGAAUAUCUUUCCACUGAUAACAAACCAACUCAGUCCUUCCGUUUUCUCUCUUGUCUAAUAUUUUUUUUUUCCAACUCUCUUCUCCAGCCAUCCCAACACAAACCCCUUUUCAUCACCUGUUCCACCUCAGUUAGGCUUCUCCCAGCAAAGCUCUGCAGUUUCCUUCCCAAGAGGAGGAAAAUAAGGAAAGAAAGAAAAAAUAACUCCUUGAACAUCAAAAUCCAUUUUCCUACCUAGAUCUCCCCAGUUUAGUAUUGCUUUCUUCUUUCUUCCAAAAAUUACCAGUUGCCCCGUUUCAUACCUGUGCCCUUGCUUCCUUGGGAUCCAGGUUCUGACAGCCCCUUCCUUUCCACCACCUGCUUUCAGGGCAGAAGAAGUUGAAUGAGGGUCCUGAAUUUACUAUCCAGCGUUCCAGGAAGAAACAGCCAAUGAUUUGACUGUCACCGGAUCCCUUUUCUCUGUGGGGCCUAAAGUGGGCCCCCCUUUUCCUGGGGAUUGAUUCACUCACUCCUCCUCCUGGAAUUAGACACCAUCAAGACCUGCUCUCUCUUCCCUGACUCCGCACACAGCCCUGCUUGUCUGGAGAGUAGCUCUUGGCCGAGCCCUGGCGGUGGAGAGCCAUGGACCAGUACAGCGUGGGGGACGAGGGCGCCCUUCCCUCCGAGAUGCACCUCCCUUCUUUCCCUGAGAGCCAGGCGCUCACCUGCAGCGACGCCCUCAACCGGGACCUGGGGCCUGGCACGCGGGACCUGCUCUACGGCGGCCUGAGAGGUCUGGAGCUGGACCCCAGCUUCCCGGCGCCCGACCCGCCCAGCGAGGCGCCGGAGGAUAACCUGGACACACUGUCCCUGUACUCAGGGAAGGCCAGUGACUCCAUGAAGCUGCUGGAGGAGUACGUAGAUCCUGAGCCUCAGACUUCCUUACAAGACCUGGGGCUGGGUGCCCUCAAGGUGCCCAAAGAGGCGGAUGAAGGAGGCCGGGCCACCUCGGGGAGUGCGCGGAAAGGCAGGCGGCAGCACAGCUCCCCGCAGAACACGCUCCUGGACUGCAGCCUCUGCGGGAAAGUGUUCAGCAGCGCCAGCUCCCUGAGCAAGCACUACCUGACGCACAGCCAGGAGAGGAAGCACGUGUGCAAGAUCUGCAGCAAGGCCUUCAAGCGGCAGGACCACCUGACCGGACACAUGCUCACACACCAGAAAACCAAGCCCUUCGUGUGCAUCGAGCAGGGCUGCAGCAAGAGCUACUGCGACUACCGCUCACUGCGCCGGCACUACGAGGUCCAGCACGGCCUGUGCAUCCUCAAGGAGGUGCCCCCAGAGGAGGAGGCCUGUGGGGACUUUCCCCACACGCACGAGGGGGCGGGCCAGCCCACACCAUCCGACCUGAGGUCCCCCGGUCCCCUCCUGCCCAACCGGGACCUCCUGCGCUGCCUCGUCAACAGCAUCGUCCACCACAAGAUCCCAUCCCCCGGGCCGGCUGGGCCUGCGGACGGCGGCGAGGGGAGGAGCAUGGCUUGCUCCUGCCCAUCCCCCUCGGGGUCCUCCUGCUGCGGCCCAGCUGGCGCCCCAGGGACCCUGGGCCCUGAUGUUCUCGAGGAGCCGAGGCCCCCACGGAAGGAGCCCGCCGCUGACGUGUUCACGGCCAUCCACUCGCGGGCGGCGGAGAGCAGCGGCCCCGACCCAGCUGAGCUCGAGCCGCUCCAGCUCUCCUCCCCGGAGGGCUGGCCCGAGGGCACCCCUCUGCCUUCCUGCCUGCCUCUGUUCCGUGGCCAGACAGUCCCCACCACUGCUUCCCAGCCAUCAAGCCACAGUUUCCAGUGGCUCCAGAACUUGUCAGGCUGCCCCAAGAGCAAAGGGAACAACAGUAUGUUUGUCGUCCAUAAGCCGCCAUCCCAGGAGGGCUCUGAGCCUGGCCCUGGGCUCAGCAGCACCUCCCCGGUUGGGGAGCCCUCUGCUUGCCUGGGGCCCGGCCCAGAGGACGUGCCGCCCUUCCCUCCCAUGCUCCUGAAGGCUCCCGGGGAGGCGUCAGGGGACCCCAGAUCUGCCAGUGCCAGUGGGGAUGAUGACUGCUGGGCUCCCAAGAAGAGCAAGUUUGACUGCGACUCCUUCCGGUGGCCGAAACCCGGGGACCCUGGCUCGCAGGACCCUGGCUCGAAGCCCGGCAGCCUCUCAUCGGAUGCCACCCCACUCUUCCGACAGCUCUUCCUGAAGUCGCAGGAGUCCCUGGUGAGCCACGAGCAGAUGCAGGUGUUCCAGAUGAUCACCAAGUCCCAGCGGAUCUUCUCCCAUGCCCAGGUGGCCACCGCUUCCUCCCAGCUCCCCACUCCUGAUGGCAAACAGGUCCCCCUGAAGCCGCUGCAGGGGCCAUGGCCACAGCAGCCCCCAUCUCUGACGCCCACUGUUGACUCCCUCCAUGCUGGCCCAAUGAACCCUGAGCCAGAGAGCUCGCCAGCCCGCCAAAGAAAAUACACAUCCACUUUCCCCAGGGAGGCCUCACCUGGCAGCAUGAGCCGGGAUGCAAAGGGUGGACCAAAAGUGGCUGCUGCUCCACCAGCCCUCACAGCACCAUCCCUGGACCCUCCCGGGAACCCAGACAUCUCUUCUCUGGCCAAGCAGUUGAGAUCCUCAAAAGGGACCUUGGACCUGGGGGAUAUCUUCUCUCCCGGGAGCCUGUGUCAGACCCAGUUAGGAGGGGACGAGCCAUCCAGAACCCACCUCCCAGGGAAGCAGACCCAAGCCGAAAAUGGCACGGCCUCCGGGGCCGCAAAAGCCGAAAAGGGCCCAGCCUGCUCCCGGGGUGGAGGCUACAGGCUCUUCGGCAACUCCAGAGCACAGCGCUUUUCAGGCUUCCGGAAGGAGAAGGUGAAAAUGGACAUGUGCUGUGCGGCUUCCCCAAGCCAGGUGGCCAUGGCCUCCUUCUCGUCGGCCGGACCUCCAGCAGAGCCCUCCCGGGACUCCAAGUCCAAACUGACGAUAUUCAACAGGAUCCAGGGUGGAAAUAUCUACCGGCUCCCCCACCCGAUGGAGGAGGAGGACAUAGCCGGUGGCUGUCACCAGCACAGCAGGGGCCCCGCAGACUGGGCAGAGCCGCGGAGCACUUACAUUUGCAAGAACUGCAGCCAGAUGUUCUAUACAGAGAAGGGGCUGAACAGCCACAUGUGUUUCCACAGCGACCAGUGGCCGUCCCCUCGAGGGAAGCAGGAUCCACAGGUGUUUGGCAUGGAGUUUUGCAAGCCUUCAAGACAGGUGCUGAGGCCAGAGGGGGAUGGGCAGAGUCCCCUGGGAGCCAGAAAGAGCCUGGACAACCCAGCUGCAGCUGCUUUGGGGGUCCCAGUGUCGGUACCUGUGGCCCCAGCAAGCCGCCCCCCAGGCAGCAAGGAGAAGGACGUGGAUGAGAGAAGCAGCAAGGAGAAUGGCCAGCACCGAAAGCGGAAGAAGCGCCCGCAGCCCAAGGUGCUGUUCGCCUCUCCUCCGCCCCCCAAGCUCGGGCAGCCGGGCCCAGGGGUGUGUCACCAGAGCCGCCUGCGCUCCCCUGUGUUCCUGGUGGACCGCCUCCUGAAGGGGCUGUUCCAGUGCUCGCCCUACACGCCGCCGCCCAUGCUCAGCCCCAUCCGGGAGGGCUCGGGACUCUAUUUCAACACCCUCUGUUCUACGUCCGCUCAGGCCAGCCCCGACAGGCUCAUCAGCACCGUGCUCAAUCCCCUGGAUGACUCUUUUGGCAUCUGUGUGGUUAAGGACGACACCAAGAUCAGCAUUGAACCACACAUCAACAUAGGAAGCCGGUUUCAGGCUGAAAUUCCAGAGCUCCAGGACAGAUCUCUGGCUGGGACUGACGAGCACGUUGCUUCUCUGGUCUGGAAGCCGUGGGGAGAUGUGAUGAGCAACCCGGAAACGCAGGACAGAGUAACAGAGCUCUGCAACGUGGCCUGCUCCAGCGUGAUGCCCGGCGGGGGCACCAACCUGGAGCUGGCGCUGCACUGCCUGCACGAAGCCCAGGGUGAUGUCCAGGUUGCCCUGGAGACCCUCUUACUCAGAGGACCCCAGAAGCCGCGAACUCACCCUCUCGCCAACUACCGCUACACAGGUUCAGACAUCUGGACCCCCAUGGAGAAGAGGCUCUUUAAGAAGGCAUUCUGUGCCCACAAGAAGGACUUUAACUUGAUACACAAGACGAUCCAGACAAAGACCGUAGCCCAGUGUGUCGAGUAUUAUUACAUCUGGAAAAAAAUGAUCAAGUUUGACUAUGGCCGAGCCGCAGGGCCAGAAAAGAGGGUCAGGAGGGAGCCAGAUGAAGUAGACAGGGCGGAAGCCAAGGUCACUUGCAGUCCUCGGGAGAGACCCAGCCACCGUCCAACCCCCGAACUAAAGAUAAAGACCAAGAGUUACAGGAGGGAGUCCAUCCUCAACUCCAGCCCGAACGCUGGCCCCAAGCGGAGCCCCGAGGCACCGGGGAGCGUGGAGGGCCAGGGCGCCUUUCCCUGCCGGGAGUGUGAGAGGGUGUUUGAUAAGAUCAAGAGUCGAAAUGCCCACAUGAAGCGGCACCGGCUGCAGGACCACGUGGAGCCCGUCGUCAGGGUCAAGUGGCCGGUGAAGCCCUUCCAGCUGAAGGAGGAGGAGGGGGAGGGGGGGGAGCUGGGGGCUGACAUCGGAUCCCUGCAGUGGUGAUUCAGGGCGGGGUGGCGGCGGGGGCAGAGCGGCAAGUCUCCCCAAGGUGUCCCUCUGCCUUCCUCACCUGUCCCUGUCACCAGGGGCCAGCCCAGCUUGCAGACACAGCUGGCACGGGUCAUGAGCAGGCAGGGGACGCACGGUCAUCUGACCCCGUGAAGGCCCUGCCACUGUGUUGGAAGCUCCAUUCUCUUGGGUUCAUUAUCUCUCCCCUUCUUUCAGUUCCACUCUUCCUGGAGCAGUUAGGCUUGGGGAGGGAACAGGUUAGGUGUGGGUAGCUCUUCAUUCUUAGCCUCCAUUUCGGGCUUUGGUUACAUUUAUUCAGUAGGCUAAGAUGUAGAGAAUCAGUGGGAAUUGCCAUCAGAUCUCCACCGCGCCAGGGCCCCUCACUAAGGGUCUCUCUGCAUUCUAGAUCCACCACUAGUCUUGACAUGACUUGUACAUUGUUAGGUUUGGUUUUUCUUUUUUUGUACGUGUCAACUUGUAAAUCUUAUUAAAUUGGGUUCUUAAGCAGCUCUU